UAUGAUUCAGUCGUCAAAAUGGCGUUGAUCAUGUCUAUUGUGUCAGUAGCGAUCUCUAUACUGUAUACUCCGUUUCUUCUUUUAGUACUGUGUGUUAUAUUCCUUGCUUCAAUCGGAAAAUCUCUGGGCGUCAGACGUUUAUACGUGAAUAUACUGCUCAAACUUUUCGAGUAUGGCCGCCAACACAUCGAAGUUGCGAAAAAGGUGCAGAGAAAUGACAGCUCUGAUGAGGAAGAGGAACCUCCAAUACCUGAUGAUAAGCCACCAUCAGCCAUCAUCAAGGAGAACGGAGUUAACGGUACAAAGAUGACGGUGAUAGAAAGACAGGAGAUAUUGGGUCCAUCACCAGAAUUGAACUACAAGAGAAGUUCUAGCCCGGAACGGAUGCAAAAUGGACUUGGGCCCGACCAGGAAAAGAAUGAGGAAAAUCUGGAUUUCCAUCUGUCCCAUUGCCUGGAUUUGCUCAAAGUCGGUAUGGAGUCCAUCAUUGAAGACCAGGUCACGUCAGUCUUCGAAGCUGAGGAGUUGCGCAGCUGGAAUCUCCUCACUAGAACCAACAAACAAUAUGAAUUUCUAACAUGGCGCCUUACAAUAAUUUGGGCUAUGGGCUUUCUGGUCAGAUAUUUUUUCUUGCUACCACUGCGGGUGUUGAUCUUCAUUGUUGGGGUGCUAACAAUGAUCGUAUCAACUAUGCUGAUAAGUUUGUUGCCAGCCUGCAAAAUUCGACUAUAUCUGGGAGCGUUGGCAUAUAAGAUGUCAUUCAGAGUACUGUUCAGAUCUCUCUCUUGUAAUGUAACGUUCCAUGACACAAAGUACUUACCGAAGAGCAAUGGAUUCUGUGUUGCCAACCACACGAGCCCGAUCGAUGUUGCCGCGCUAAGCAUCAAUAAUUGUUACUCUUUGAUUGGCCAACGUCAUGGCGGAUUCUUAGGUCUCUUACAAAGAGCAUUGGCUAGAGCCUCGCCCCAUAUCUGGUUUGAGAGGUCGGAAGUGAAAGACAGACAUGCAGUCGCUAAAAGACUCAAAGAGCACAUAUCGGUUCCUGGCAAUCCACCAAUCCUGAUCUUCCCCGAAGGCACAUGCAUCAACAAUACAUCGGUGAUGCAGUUCAAGAAGGGCAGCUUCGAGGUCGGCGGUACCAUAUAUCCUGUGGCCAUCAAAUACGACCCAAGAUUCGGAGACGCGUUCUGGAACAGCUCCCGCUACGGGAUGCUGCACUAUCUCCUCAACAUGAUGACCUCGUGGGCUAUCGUGUGCGACGUAUGGUACCUGCCCCCUAUGCACAGGGAGCAGCACGAGUCGGCCGUCGAUUUCGCCAACCGGGUCAAAUCUGUGAUCGCUCUACGUGGAGGACUGGUUGACCUUAUGUGGGACGGUCAAUUGAAACGAAUGAAACCAAAGAAGGAAUGGCGAGAAUUACAACAAGAGAAAAUGAGUAAAAGGAUCAAAGGCGAAUAAAUAACAGUAAGUGAGACGUAUUGCUCCGAUCGAGCGAUAAAGUACUGAUUAAAAAGAACAGGUAUCAAAUAACAGCGUCACCUGUUACCUAGUAUUUACGUGACGAUUGUUCAGUGAUUCACGAAAUAUCGUGACACUUGUGUACUGUAACGAAGUGAUAUUAAGUGAUGUAGCGUGCGUAUUAAAGUAACAGACUUACGUUACAAUGAAACGGUAUUUAGUUACAAGUAACAGUUAGCUGUUACAAGGUAAAUUCAAUGUUUUACUCGUUACAAAUAACCGAUAUUUGUAACAGCGCGAUUUUAAGCGUUAAUUAUCGUGUUACAAGUAAUAAACUGUUGUUAAAAAGUGAAGUGG